AUGGACUAUCGAGAUGUUGCUGAGCCAAAACAGACCACUGUCCCCAUGUACUUCAACGACUUGCAGCGCCAGGCCAGAAUUGAUGCUGGUAAAAUUGCUGGACUGGAUGUCUUGCGCAUCAUCAACGAGCCCACCGCUGCAGCCCUGGACUAUGGCCUUGACAAGAUGCCCACCAAUGAUGGAGGGAGGAGGACGGUUCUCGUCUUUGAUCUUAGCGGUGGCACCAUGGAUGUCUCUAUCCUCAACAUUGAUCCUGGUAUCGGCAAAGGUAAGGGUCGCUUCGAGGUGAAGACUGUCGCUGGUGACACACACCUUGGUGGAGCAGAUUUUGACAAUGAGACGGUGAAGUACCGUCUGAAGGAGUUCAUAAGGAAACACGAUAGGAAGAUUGACAUCACAAAGUUCCAAGAUAAAGAUAAUAACCGGAAGGCUCUCCGUCGAUUGAGGACAGCCUGUGAGAAGGCAAAGAGAACCCUUUCAUAUAGGUUGUGA